UGUGGGGAGAGGAAACAGGCAGCCCUGCCUGUGAGCAGCCCUUAACCCCUUCUGCUCGGAGAGAGCCGGCGGGGAGCUGGGGAGGGGGACCCCCUGCCACAGCACCUCCCAGCCGGAGCCUGCCGACACCAGCCGGGGCUCCCCCGGCACCCCAGCCGGGGCAGCAGCAAUGAGCGCCUGGAGCUGAGCCCGCCCGCGGCAGGAGGAGGUCGGCAGAGCACGGCGGUUCCCCCCCCCCGCUCCCCGGUGCCCCCCACGCCGCCCAACCAUGUCCUUUGCCAUGCUGCGCUCGGCCCCCAGCCGGUACCUGUACCCCGAGAUCAGCAUGCUGUCCGAGGAUGAGGAGAACGGCAGCGAGAGCUCGGGCUCGGAUGAGAAGCCUUACCACCUGGACGCCGACGGCUACGGCAUCAAGGCCAGCAAGCGCAGGAGCGGCAAGAAACCCAACCGGAUCAACAGGGAGCCCCGGCAGCGUCACACGGCCAACGCGCGGGAGCGUGACCGCACCAACAGCGUCAACACCGCCUUCACCGCCCUCCGCACGCUCAUCCCCACCGAGCCGGCCGACAGAAAGCUCUCCAAGAUCGAGACCUUGAGACUGGCCUCCAGCUACAUCUCCCACCUGGGGAACGUGCUGCUGGUGGGGGAGGCGUGCGGGGACGGGCAGCCCUGCCACACCACCCCUGCCUUCUACCACCACGGCGGCAGCAGCCCCCCCGCGCGCGACACCGAGAACUCCCAGCCCAAACAGAUCUGCACUUUCUGCCUCAGCAACCAGAGGAAGCUGAGUAAAGACCGAGACAGGAAGACGGCGAUUCGGAGCUAGAUGAUCCUAGUUUUCAGGAAGGACGACAAGGAGGAGCAGAAGGAGGAAGGAUGGAAAAGCCACACACACAAAACCACAGCCACGGACACUCCUGCCUUCACCCUGCUGCCGGGGAGAGCUGCACGGCGUCACCCCGGGGGACCUUAGACGCGGGCAGGCGCCUCGGGAGAGGCCGGGCGUCCUCCCGGCUCGGAGGGGUGACGGCAGACGGGAGGCGAACACGGACGCGGCAGGACUUUGCUCGGAGGAACCCUCGCCGCGCAGGGACGCUCCGCCACGGCGCGGGCAACGCGGCCGCCGCCCGGCGAGCCGGAGGGGCAGGGGACCCGCUCCGGGGGGGUCCUUGGAAGGGGAGCCCCUGCCCCGGUCUCUGCGGACGCCGCGUACGGCGGCUCCCGGGGGAGAGCCGGCGCUCGGACGGGCCCCGUCCCAGGUCUGACUCGAGCAGCGCUGGUGAAACCGCUUACGGAAACACCCCGCUCUCCCCGUCCCCUUCCAGCUUUGAGCCACUCCAUCCCCUGAACUCAGAGUCCUGGGGUGCUGCAUUUGUUGAGUUUAAUCAAUACAUGCUGGUGUUUCAUGUCAUUGAUAUGAUAAUAUAAAGCCUGAGCAAUUUGUAUAAUUAAA